GAGCCAGUUUUCCAACCCGGCCUGAGACGGGACACAGAAGGCUCGCUGGUGCUCACAAGACUUUUCUAAAGUAGAAAUUUGUCUAAAAUGGGGACCCGAGAUGACGAAUACGACUAUCUUUUUAAAGUGGUGCUGAUCGGAGACUCUGGCGUGGGGAAGAGUAACCUGCUGUCUCGUUUCACACGAAACGAGUUCAACCUGGAGAGCAAGAGCACCAUCGGGGUGGAGUUUGCCACCCGCAGCAUCCAGGUGGACGGCAAGACCAUCAAGGCCCAGAUCUGGGACACGGCCGGCCAGGAGCGUUACAGAGCCAUCACCUCCGCGUACUACCGAGGGGCUGUAGGGGCUCUGCUGGUGUAUGACAUCGCCAAGCAUCUGACCUAUGAGAACGUGGAGCGCUGGCUGAAGGAGCUGCGGGAUCACGCUGACAACAACAUCGUCAUCAUGCUGGUGGGCAACAAGAGUGACCUGCGUCACCUCAGGGCCGUGCCCACGGACGAGGCUCGCGCCUUCGCAGAGAAGAACACUCUGUCGUUCAUUGAAACUUCGGCCCUGGACUCCACCAAUGUAGAAGAGGCUUUCAAGAACAUUCUAACAGAAAUCUACCGGAUCGUAUCACAAAAGCAGAUAGCUGACAGAUCUGCACAUGACGAAUCACCAGGCAACAAUGUAGUGGACAUCAGUGUUCCCCCGACCACGGAUGGGCAGAAAGGCAACAAGCUGCAGUGCUGCCAAAACCUGUGACACUCAAAUCUUCCCUUCCUCCUCUUGUCUCCUCUCCUCUUGUCUGCUUUGCUCCAGAAUGCUCUGCUGCUACGGUAGACUGUCUGUACCUCCUGUGUGUUUAGAAGUUUCACAGACUCACUAGAUUACAUUCCUUUAUUUUUUCUUCUUUUUGAUUUCCAAUGUUUCGUUGUUCAUUGUCCUCCACAGACUUUGAAUAUAGUUUCUUCUCUUCCCCCCCCCCCCCCUUUCCUUUUGCUAUGAUUUGUGGACUCUGAUCAUGUGACCUGCUCCUUUGGGAGGAGCAGUGAGGAGUCAGCUAGUCCAGAACUUCCUGUUGCUUUCCUUUGAGUCCCAGAGUGCUGAGUGGCAUAAAAUAUCGAAGUGGGACUUGUGGAAUGGUGUCCUACUGCAACUGAUAGAUAAGGACUUUUUUUUUUUUUAUAUGUAUGUAUAGUCCACAGGGAUACCAAAGAAGGUAAAUGCAAUCAUUUCCAAACUUAGGUUAUCUCAUCUAAGCAGUGCAAGAUUGGACCUUUUCCAGUUUUGCUUUUUUUUUACGUGACUGAUCGCUGCUGUUAUUCACUGGGCUCACUGUAGUUGGUUUAUGUUAGGUCGUUCAUCCAGCUUUCUGUGAAUAUGCAGCUUUUUUUUCCAGCCAAUCAUUUCAAAUGAUUUUGCCAUGUAACUAUUUUAGAAUCACUCUUUACACCUUGAAUCAACAACACUUAAAGCUAGCUGAUUGUUGUCUGGGAAAUGUUGCUUUUGUGAAAUACUUAAAAAAUGAGUGUGGUUUUUUUUGUAGAAGUAAGAUGGAGCAGAAUGUGAAUUGUUAUUGGUCCCUUGACAAAGAGAAUGCAUUUCACUUCCUUCUGUUUAGUCCUGACAGUUGAUUGGUCAGCUGGGGCGAACAACAGAAGUGUUGCUAUAGUCUGUUUGGCUCUCUAACAUGCCUUAUAUAUAUUUUUCUUUCUGGUGGAAAUGCCUUGUUUUGGAGUGUGGAUGUAUACCGUCUUCCUGUCACAUGUUCAACUUUAAAUCAGUAACACAUCAUCUUUUAACAUGCCUUUUCAUCAUUAAUUAUUCACACAUGGAAAUAAAUCUAUUUCAUGACCA